AUGACGAGAGGAACGCGGGGGUCAGCUAUGCUAGAUUCUGAUACAUCUGUUGUUGAGUUGUUGAAUGAAAUUAGGGAACUGAGACAAGAAAUAAAGGAUUUGAAGCAAAACAGUAAUGACAUAUGUUUACUGAGGCAAGAUGUGCAGGACAUUAAAGCUGAGCUUGCUAAUCUCUCCCCGAACUUCUCACAACAUGUUGCUAAGUUCAAUAGCAUACUUGAAGCCAAGGACCAGGAAAUAAAAAGUCUGAAGCUAACAAUAUCCCAGUUUCAAACUACCCUAAGCGUCUUGGAACAAUCCUCGUUGAGAAAUGAAAUUGAAGUAUGUGGUGUUCCCGAGCAAAAUGCUGAAAACCUGACACACAUCCUGAUGACGAUGUCUCAGAAACUGAAUGUGGAAUUACAAGAGACCGAUAUCGACGUUAUUUCGAGGGCUGGUCCAAGACCUAAAAUUGGAAAUGACUCGACCAAGUCCCGUCCUAUUGUGGUAAAAUUAAUUAGGAAGGCAAAGCGAGACGAGUUGCUGAGAGCUGCAAAAUCCAGGAAAAACCUAACUUCGGAAAACAUCGUGAACACUAGUCCUUCGAACAUCUAUCUGAAUGAAAGAGUUACCAAAGAAAAAAGGCUAUUAUUUCGAGAAGCCAGAGCAAGAACUCGGACGUAUGGAUUUCGUUUUUGUUGGAUGCGUGAUGGAAAUAUAUAUAUCAGGAAAAAUGAGAGUGGACCAAGUGGUCAAUUUCCUGCGAUACGUAUUCAAUCUAUGGAGGAUCUGGAUAAACUCGUUGGUUCCAGUACGUCUACGGCUAAUACAGAUAACUCUGAUUAA